CAAUGAAUACUUCAAGAAGAAAUUAUUAUUUACUAGAAACCAAUGGCGAUCGCCUGCGAUGAGCUCGAAAGUAGUCUUUGUCCAGGCACCACCGAGGGUUCCAUGAGAACUUCAUUUGGAGGAUGGAAAUCAGCGAGUCUUAUCAUCGGUGUAGAAAUGGCGGAGCAGUUCGCCUUUUACGGGAUAUCGUCGAACCUGAUAACUUACAUGACGGGACCAUUGGGAGAGUCAACGGCUGCUGCUGCGGCGAAUAUCAACGCCUGGAGCGGAACGGUUUCGUUUCUGCCACUUCUAUGGGGCUUUAUUGCUGACUCAUUUCUUGGCCGUUUCCGUACCAUCCUAAUCGCAUCUUCUUUAUAUAUCUUGGGACUUGGACAGCUGUCAUUUUCAGCCGUGAUUCCUUCUCAACGGGAAGAUCCAAAUAAAUUCAAAGUGACUCUCUUCUUCUGUUCUCUGUAUCUUAUAGCCAUAGGAAAUGGCGGUUACAAACCGUGUAUUAAGGUAUUUGGAGCUGAGCAACUUGAUGGAGAUGACUUAAAAGAGACAAAAGCCAAGAGCUCUUACUUUAAUUGGUUGAUGUUUGGGAGCUGUAUUAGCAUAUUGUCCACUCGUUUGAUCUCUAUCUUUAUUCAAGAGAACCUAAGUUGGUCCUUGGGAUUUGGUAUUCCAAGUGUUUCCAUGCUACUAUCUUUCCUUCUCUUCCUACUUGGAACUAAGACUUAUCGUUAUAGCACUGCAAGAAGAGAAAAGAAAAACCCUUUUGCUAGAAUCAGCCAUGUUUUUAUGGAGGCCAUAAAGAACAGAAGACAACCAGAUUUAGAUAUGUAUAACCCCAAUGAGACCCUCCUUCUCCCUGGCCAGAAUUCAAAGCAAUUCAGAUUCCUUGACAAAGCAGCGAUUUCAUGUGGUAUGGCUGAAAUUGAAGAAGCAAAAGCAGUGCUUAAGCUUGUUCCCAUAUGGAUGACUUGCUUAGUCUACGCCAUUGUAUGUGCACAGUCCCAUACUUUCUUUACAAAGCAAGGAGCCACAAUGGACAGGUCAAUCUCACCAGGACUCUCAGUCCCUGCAGCUACAUUCCAAUGUUUCACAAGUCUAACAAUGGUCAUUUUUAUCCCAAUCUACGAUCGUCUACUUGUUCCUAUCGCAAGUUCCUUCCCUCAAAAGCCAUUAGGAAUCACAACACUUCAGAGGAUUGGCACAGGCAUGUUUCUCUCCAUUCUUGCUAUGGUAGUAGCCGCCUUGGUUGAGACUAAAAGGCUCCAAACCGCUCGGGAUGAAGCCACAAUACUGAUGAGUGUGUGGUGGUUGCUUCCGCAGUACGUUCUCUACGGAGUCGCGGAUGUCUUUGCAAUGGUGGGUUUGCAAGAGUUCUUCUAUGAUCAAGUCCCUUGUGAGCUUAGGAGUGCUGGUAUGGCUUUCAACCUAAGCAUAUACGGGGUCGGAAACUUUCUUAGCAGCUUCAUGAUAUCAGUCAUUGAUAAGGUCACAAGCCAGUCAGGUCAAACGAGCUGGUUCGAUAACGAUCUGAACCAGGCUCAUUUAGAUUACUUCUACUGGCUACUCGCUUUUCUAAGCUCCAUUAGUUUAGCCUCCUACUUGUGGUUCGCCAAGUCGUAUGUCUACAAUAGACCAAACACCUUCUAAAAAAUAUUGUGUGGUCAGUCUUCUUAACUGAAUUGUGCAUUUUCGUUUCUGAUAUGUGUU